AUGUAUGCCUGUCAAUUGCUUAUUCCAACCGUUCGCGAGCACCAUGAAUGUUUUGGUCGACGACGAGAUCCCAGAUGCGAAUUGAAAUUCGAUCCGCUGGCGUCACCGUUCUGUCGCCUGGUCACCUCCGUCACUCAAGAUGUCCACUGCAUCCAACAGUACAGCAAGGACUGUUCGGAAGCCGCACUUGAAAUGCUACAGCCAAUCAUCGACGAGUCCGAAGGAGAUCAGAGGAUCGUUGAGAUGUCGCGCUCCAGCCGACGUUCCUCCACCAACAACGGAACUCAAAAUCAAUAUGAGCGAUGCGGUCAACUCUUUGUAUACAUCUACGACAUCUGUUCUUCGGACUACUCAAAGUCGCCGUACGCGUCAAUCGCGGCAAAAAUCUGCUUGCGACAGGACGAGAUCGCCAAGCAGAGCGAUUGCUACCAGAGCACACUUGAAAAAGAGAAAUGCGCUUUGAGGGAUGCAAAAACGGAAUGUGAAGCACUGGAGGCAUUCAAAGCGAAUCACGCCCACUGGUGCUAUCGGCUGAAUAACGACCAUUGUGAAGUUGACGCACAGAAUACGGAGCAGGGCAAAGGGUCCUCCGUGAAACACGAGAGCACGUGUGACGGAGAAGACAAUGUCUGCGUUCCACCUGAUGGGGCGCUAUUGGUUAUCGAGAUUCAAGAGGCAAUCAAUGAUAUUAUCAUUGAGCGGAAAUGCUUCGAAACGAAAGAAAAAGCCGCUGCACCUGUUGUGAGAACCGACGAUCCGGACGAGUUCCACUUGGACACGAAGUUGCCACACUGCACAGACGACCAGGUAUGUAUGUAUGUACGAUAG